CAAACUGAAUCAAACCAAACAGGUUGGUUUUGGUUGGUACCGAAAGUGAAGUGAAAUGUUGUCCUUUCAAACCAUAUCCGACUAAAAAAUGAUUUUUCUUAAUAAUCCAAAGCAAACACAAAUUGAUUAAAAUCUAAGCUUUGAUCAACUCUCAUUCUCUGCAUCUUAGUUAUUUGGACGAGCUAACAAGUUUCUGCAAAGACACUUGUUCUCUUGAAUUCCCAUUAUUACAAGGCAUUGAGAUAUUGCAUUGCUUUCAAAUGAAGACUUUUACUUAUGGAUCAUUGAUUACUCCAAAGCUCGAAAAAGCAAAAGUCAAUAGUGACGAGUAUGAUUCAUUGAUUGGUGACCGAGAUCUUAAUGCAACAUUGAGUCAAUGGUACAAAUCCAAGGAAGAGGAAACACUUGAAAUUAGAGGAAGUUCAGGAGAGGUUGAAGUUGAUGUUACAAAGGGUGCACCUAAUGUGAUAGAGGGUGUAUCUAAUCCUACCCGCCAUGAAAUAGAUGUUAUUGAAGAGCCAUCAAUUGGAGCCACAGAAGCAAUUUAGCUGUGGGUUUACUAGGUCAAGUCAACCAGGAAGUUGAUGGUGUGCAGAACAAGUCUUGAUGGCGUACAAAGGAAGUUCCAAUGUACAAACUAUUUAUUACUACAUAAUUACAAUUACAAUCACUACCCAGCUCAAACAGCCAUGCCUACACAAAUUCCUCAACUUCCACUUGAAAUCGCUAUGGAAAUACUCUCAAGGCUUCCUAUCAAACCUCUACUACGAUUCAAAAGCGUAUCCAAAUCAUGCUACUCUUUGAUCUCUACCAAUCCUCAAUUUUCCGAGUUACAUCUCAAACGUGCAUUGCAAGACACUGAUCUUAUUCGCUACAGACUCUUUCUCACUUCUUUUCUUCCCCAAUCUCUCGACAUGGAGGAAGCCUUCUGUGACGGCCAUAAAAAUCUCGUAACAAGACAACAUAGUUUUCCAGUUACAGAUCCAGAAAGUUUGCAUUUUGAGUUCGUCGGAUCUUGCAAUGGCUUGAUUUGUGGAUUAUUUGAUUCUGACGGCAAAAUCAUUGUUUGGAAUCCAACUACUGGAGAAUCUAGAGAGUUACUGAAACCUGAUUCUGUUACGGGGGAUCAUAAGAUACUCUUCCAUGGAUUCGGAUAUGAUUUUCGUCUUGACGAUUACAAACUAGCAAGAGCUACACACUCUUCUUCUACCAAUCAACUUAAGAUGGAAAUCUUUAACUUAAAAGAAAACGUUUGGCGAUCAGCCGACAACGUCCUCCAGUUUAAUUACCUCUUAGAGGGCUCUUCCGUUGCUCUAAACGGGGUUUUGUAUUGGCUAGUCUAUCAACGCGAUAGUACUAAACACGCGAUAUAUUCAUUUGAUUUGGUGAAGGAGAAGUAUCGCGAGAUUGUAAUAGUGCCUGAUCAUAUUUCAGAAAAUUUGGGUGGUGAGUUUCUAGUAUCAAGCUUGAAGAUUCUAGGAUCAAGUUUAUGUAUAUGUUAUCAUGCGGAAUCUUUCGCGAUGUGGGUGGCGAACGGAUAUGGCAGCGAAGCGUGUUGGGCUAAAUUGUUCAGUUUCUCGAGUGAGCUACUUCCUGAGUAUGGAGAUCCACUACAUGUUUUAUGGGUUGCAAAGAAUGGUAAUGUUAUAUUAAUUGUGGAUGCUUGUCGAAUAGUUAUUUAUAAUCCUAUUGAAAUGAGUUCAAAAGAUUUCUAUAUAGAAUCAUGUCCGUUUGGUAUCCAGACUAGUGUUGAUUCAAUUAGUUACAUGGAGACUUUUGUUUCACCAAAUGCGCAUAUUCAUCCAUCGAUUAGUAGCUGCAGCAAGAUUUUCUAGUAAACGAAGAUGAAGAUGAAGAUGAGCGAACAAAUUUACAUAAAUUAUGAUGCAGAUUAUUUAGUAAGCAGUCUUGUGCUGUUUGUAUGUAGUGUAUAAGAAUGAGUUUUAUUGAUUGUAUAAUGUGAUGAAUUAAAAUUCUGUAAUUGAAUAAGAAAAAAAUAAAGUGUUGUAUUUACACCAUCAA